UAACAAAAGUAAGAUAAAACCAAAUUAAGCAUUUUAUUUACUCAACUACCAUUUACUCCUCCAGAGUCCAGUCAGCUCUAAUAAUGGACUGUCUUGAUGAGGAUCCAAACCCUAACCCUAAUCACUUUGUAGAGAAGUACAUCGUCGAUCCGCCUCCGAUGGAUUUUGAUGAGCUUUCAAACUAUCUCAUGCUUGAUGAGUAUGAUUUUAGUCGUGAUCAUCAAGAUUCUUCUUCGUCGCAAAGUGUUGGCUCGUCGUCCCAAAAUUUUGCGGGUGGUGCUGGCUCUGGUGGAUCAAGUGGUGGUGCUGCAUCAAGAAAUAAUAUGAAUGUUGAGGUGAGGAGAAACAAGCUUAAUAAGGUGGAAGGGGGAAAUCACAGAGUUGCAUUUAGAACAAAAUCGGAGCUGGAGGUCAUGGAUGAUGGAUUCAAGUGGAGGAAGUAUGGAAUGAAGUCGGUCAAAAACAGCCCAAAUCCAAGAAAUUACUACAAAUGUUCAAAUGGAGGCUGCAAUGUAAAGAAGAGGGUAGAGAGGGACCGAGAUGAUGCGAGCUAUGUUAUAACCACAUAUGAAGGAGUGCACAAUCAUGAGAGCCCUUCUGUCGUUUAUUACAAUCAGAUGCAUGCUGAUCCCAACAACAUUUGGACUUUGCGAGCUUCUUCACAAUCUUCAGCUUCUUCAUAGAUUAACACCUUCGUUAAUAAAUUUUCUAAUACCUUCGUUAAUAAAUUUUCUUCCUCGUUGUUAAAACUAGUGAAUGUUUAAUCUCACGAACAUAGACUUAAAUCAUCUACACUAUUAUACAUGAUCAGUCAUGUUGGGAGACCCCAAAAUUUAAGUAUUUUACCCAAGCCGAGUACUUAUCGAAUUUUAAUCCGAGUUGGGGUUGCGUCUA